CUCCGAGCCGGACGGACCCGCGGGAGGACCCCACGCCCGCUCCGCCCCGACCCCGUCGUCCCGCGCAGGCUGAGGUGGCGCCGGCCGGCAGGUGGCCAGGGGCUCUCCGCCUGGGAGGACACCUUCGGCGGCCGGCGUGGGGGAAGCGGCCGGCCGGGGACGCCCCGCCGGGAGGAGGGAGCGGCCGGGGCCGCGGCCGGGAGGGAGGAGCGCCGGGAGGAAGAGGCCGAGCCGGGAGAGCCCCCGCCCCGGGAGGAAGGGGAGGAGGCCGAGUGUUUCCUGGCGCAUUCCCGGCCAGCCCGAGUGACUCACUCGGCCAAGGAAACUCCCGGGGCCCGCCCAGGACCCCCAAGCCGCCGCGGACCCAGAAUAGGGGUCCUUGUGUGUUGUUCCAGCCCAGGAUGGCAGCCCAGGUGACUCUGGAGGACGCUCUGUCCAACGUGGACCUCCUGGAGGAGCUGCCCCUGCCCGACCAGCAGCCCUGCAUCGAGCCCCCGCCAUCCUCGCUGCUUUACCAGCCAAAUUUCAACACUAACUUUGAAGACAGAAAUGCGUUUGUUACGGGCAUCGCAAGAUACAUCGAGCAAGCCACCGUCCACUCUAGCAUGAACGAGAUGCUGGAGGAGGGCCAAGAAUAUGCUGUCAUGCUGUACACCUGGAGGAGCUGCUCCCGGGCCAUCCCGCAGGUGAAAUGUAACGAGCAGCCUAACAGAGUGGAAAUUUACGAGAAAACCGUGGAGGUUCUGGAGCCUGAGGUCACAAAACUGAUGAAUUUUAUGUACUUCCAGAGAAACGCCAUUGAGCGUUUCUGUGGGGAGGUGAGGCGCCUGUGCCACGCUGAGCGGAGGAAGGACUUUGUGUCUGAAGCCUACCUGAUCACACUGGGCAAGUUCAUCAACAUGUUCGCUGUGCUGGACGAGCUGAAGAACAUGAAGUGCAGCGUGAAGAACGACCACUCAGCAUACAAGAGGGCUGCUCAGUUUUUACGUAAAAUGGCAGAUCCACAGUCCAUCCAGGAAUCGCAGAAUCUGUCCAUGUUCCUGGCCAAUCACAACAAGAUCACACAGUCUCUGCAGCAGCAGCUCGAAGUGAUUUCUGGCUACGAAGAGCUCCUGGCAGACAUCGUGAAUCUGUGUGUGGAUUACUACGAGAACAGGAUGUAUUUGACGCCCAGUGAGAAACACAUGCUUCUCAAAGUCAUGGGAUUUGGUCUGUACCUGAUGGAUGGGAGUGUCAGUAACAUCUAUAAGUUAGAUGCCAAGAAAAGAAUAAACUUAUCCAAAAUAGACAAGUACUUCAAGCAGCUCCAGGUGGUUCCGCUAUUUGGGGACAUGCAAAUAGAACUGGCAAGAUACAUAAAGACCAGCGCCCACUACGAGGAAAAUAAAUCUCGGUGGACGUGCACAUCCUCCGGCAGCAGCCCUCAGUACAACAUCUGCGAGCAGAUGAUCCAGAUCCGCGAGGACCACAUGCGCUUCAUUUCGGAGCUGGCGCGCUACAGCAACAGCGAGGUGGUCACCGGCUCGGGCCGCCAGGAGGCCCAGAAGACGGACGCGGAGUACCGGAAGCUCUUCGACCUGGCGCUGCAGGGCCUGCAGCUGCUGUCGCAGUGGAGCGCGCACGUGAUGGAAGUGUAUUCCUGGAAGCUUGUGCACCCCACCGACAAGUACUCCAACAAGGACUGCCCGGACAGCGCGGAGGAGUACGAGCGCGCCACGCGCUACAACUACACCAGCGAGGAGAAGUUCGCCCUGGUGGAGGUGAUCGCCAUGAUCAAAGGCCUGCAGGUGCUGAUGGGCAGGAUGGAGAGCGUGUUCAACCACGCCGUCCGGCACACCGUGUACGCCGCACUGCAGGACUUCUCCCAGGUGACCCUCCGGGAGCCGCUGCGGCAGGCCAUCAAGAAAAAGAAGAAUGUCAUCCAGAGUGUCCUGCAGGCCAUCAGGAAGACCGUGUGCGACUGGGAGACGGGGCACGAGCCCUUCAAUGACCCAGCCUUGCGGGGUGAGAAGGACCCUAAGAGCGGCUUCGACAUAAAAGUGCCGCGCCGCGCCGUGGGACCCUCCAGCACCCAGCUCUACCUGGUGCGCACCAUGGCUGAGUCCUUGGGCUCUGCCGAGCUGCUCAGGCAGCUCAAGUCUCUGGGCAUGGAGAGGCUCUUGCAUGCGGUUAACACGUUUCUGAGGCAAUCGUGCACCUACCUACCCCUUUUAACCUUUGGUGGUAAGACAUCAUUUGUUUCUCUUGACGUUUGUGGCACGGAGGCGAGCGGCUCUGCGGCGAGCUGUUCUUUCCCCGAAGCAACAGCAACGUGGCCGCGUAGACAGGCGCCCGGACCCCUCGGGGAGCUGGUGCGGGGCCCUCCCGGCCAGGGCAUAGCAGAGCAGUCCUUCUCUCGUGGGCUUUCGGAGUUUGGCGUAACUAAUGUACCAUGUAUAUUUUCUCCCCUACAAAUGUUUCCUUGGAUAAUCCAGCUUUACAUGGUGAGAACCAUGCUAGAGUCCCUCAUUGCAGACAAAAGUGGUUCCAAGAAAACCUUGAGAAGUAGCCUUGAGGGGCCCACCAUAUUGGACAUAGAAAAAUUUCAUCGAGAGUCAUUCUUCUACACUCACUUGAUAAAUUUCAGUGAAACACUGCAGCAGUGCUGUGACCUUUCGCAGCUGUGGUUCCGAGAGUUCUUCCUGGAGCUGACCAUGGGCAGGAGGAUCCAGUUCCCCAUUGAGAUGUCAAUGCCCUGGAUCCUGACGGACCACAUCCUGGAGACCAAGGAGGCGUCCAUGAUGGAGUACGUGCUCUACUCCCUGGACCUGUACAAUGACAGCGCCCACUACGCGCUCACCAGGUUCAACAAGCAGUUCCUCUACGACGAGAUCGAGGCCGAGGUGAAUCUAUGUUUUGACCAAUUUGUUUACAAGCUAGCAGACCAGAUAUUUGCAUAUUAUAAGGUUAUGGCAGGAAGUUUGCUUCUUGAUAAACGGUUACGAUCAGAAUGCAAGAAUCAGGGAGCCACGAUCCACCUCCCGCCGUCUAACCGCUACGAAACGCUGCUGAAGCAGAGGCAUGUGCAGCUCCUCGGCAGGUCGAUAGACCUCAAUCGUCUGAUCACGCAGCGUGUCUCAGCAGCCGUGUAUAAGUCCUUGGAACUGGCGAUUGGACGAUUUGAAAGUGAAGAUUUGACCUCCAUAGUUGAGCUGGAUGGCCUGUUGGAAAUCAACCGCAUGACACACAAGCUGCUGAGCCGGUACCUGACGCUGGACAGCUUCGACGCCAUGUUCCGGGAGGCCAACCACAAUGUGUCAGCGCCCUACGGGAGGAUCACCCUGCACGUGUUCUGGGAGCUCAACUACGACUUCCUGCCCAACUACUGCUACAACGGCUCUACCAACCGGUUUGUUCGGACAGUAUUACCAUUUUCUCAGGAAUUUCAAAGAGAUAAGCAGCCGAAUGCACAACCCCAGUAUCUGCAUGGAUCCAAGGCUUUGAACUUGGCCUACUCCAGCAUUUACGGCAGCUACCGGAACUUCGUGGGACCUCCACACUUUCAAGUCAUCUGCCGGCUCCUCGGCUACCAGGGCAUCGCCGUGGUCAUGGAGGAGCUGCUGAAGGUCGUCAAGAGCCUGCUGCAAGGCACAAUCCUGCAGUACGUGAAGACGCUGAUGGAGGUGAUGCCCAAAAUCUGCCGCCUGCCGCGGCACGAGUACGGCUCUCCCGGCAUCCUGGAGUUCUUCCACCACCAGCUGAAGGACAUCGUGGAGUACGCAGAGCUGAAGACGGUGUGCUUCCAGAACCUGCGGGAGGUGGGGAACGCCGUCCUCUUCUGCCUGCUGAUCGAGCAGAGCCUGUCUUUAGAAGAAGUGUGUGACUUGCUGCACGCGGCUCCCUUCCAGAACAUCUUGCCGCGAGUCCAUGUGAAAGAGGGGGAGAGACUUGAUGCCAAAAUGAAAAGACUGGAAUCCAAGUAUGCCCCGCUGCAUCUUGUCCCACUGAUCGAAAGACUGGGGACCCCUCAGCAAAUUGCCAUCGCGAGAGAGGGGGACCUGCUGACAAAGGAGCGCCUCUGCUGUGGCCUGUCCAUGUUUGAGGUCAUCCUGACACGGAUCCGGAGCUUUCUGGAUGACCCCAUCUGGCGCGGGCCUCUGCCCAGCAAUGGGGUCAUGCAUGUUGACGAGUGUGUGGAGUUUCACAGACUGUGGAGUGCCAUGCAGUUUGUCUACUGCAUUCCUGUGGGGACACACGAGUUCACAGUCGAGCAGUGCUUCGGUGAUGGGCUACACUGGGCCGGCUGUAUGAUCAUCGUACUUCUUGGGCAGCAGCGGCGUUUUGCUGUGCUGGAUUUCUGCUACCAUCUCCUUAAAGUCCAGAAACAUGAUGGCAAAGAUGAGAUUAUUAAAAAUGUGCCUUUGAAGAAGAUGGUGGAGAGAAUUCGCAAGUUCCAGAUUCUCAAUGACGAGAUCAUCACCAUCCUGGAUAAGUACCUGAAGUCGGGCGACGGCGAGGGCACACCAGUGGAGCAUGUGCGAUGCUUCCAGCCGCCCAUCCACCAGUCCCUCGCCAGCAGCUGAGGGCACGCACUGCACUCCGUAACUCAACGUGGCAUGCCUUUCUCUCCAUCAACUAUUGAGUGAGAUUUUUAGGGACUAUUUUUCAGUAUCUCUGUACCUGUUAAAGGGGGUGCUUUUCAAUCUAAAAGCUUAAUUUUAUAAAAUUGACUUAUUUUUCUAGACUAAAUUGUAUAUGCUUUUGGUAAUUAGGAACUCAGAAUACUGGCUGCUGAUUGUUGCCAUCACAUUCUUACAAAAUUGUUUUUCUAUGGGAUGUUCUGGCAGCUCUCUCAAAAUGCUGCUGUGUUCGUUCAUUCACUCAUUCCAUAAGAAACUUAAUACCAGCAAAUGUAUUGAACCCCUUGCCAGUUACCAUUAACUGUAACUAUUUAGCUUUUGUUUAGGGAUCUUUCUGAUGGCCUUUUAUGAGCAGUCUUAGUUCUAAGUCAUUGUUCCCAUCCCUUUUUUGUGUCAGUGUUUCAGAAAAUAGUGAACUUGAUUCCUCUGCUUCCACUAAAUCCAGUUGUGACAAAAUCUAACGUGAGAUCAGAUCGAAAGGUUAUAGAAAUAAAACUAAUGAGAUCUA